AUGGCUUCCUGUCUGGUCCCCGACUUCCCGGCUGUCCUGGUGGCCCUGGAGCAUUUGAAGGAGCUGGACAAGCAGCUGAGAGAGGAGGGGGUCCCGUUCUCAGCUGAGGCCAGCCUGCACCUGACCCAGAUCACCACCUCCAUCAGUGAGCUGGAGGCGGACCGCCGCGCUGCUCACGAACAUUUAGAGGUGGAAACGAUAGAAAACAGCAAGCUGAGACACCAAAUUAACAACAUAAGAGACAGGAUGAGCCAGGACAUCGUGGCUGAUGUGGCAGCAGCGCGGGCAUCUAAUGCUGAGGAGAUACGGCAGCUGCAUAAUGACCUCAGCACUGUGUCUCAGCUUCAACAAGCCACAGUGAAGAGACAGGAAGCCCUCCUGAGCCAGAACAAAGAACUGGACCCAGAGCGAGAACAGGUGACGGCUGAACAUGAAGAGCUCAUUGCUGCUCAGAGUGAUCAAAUCGCCUUGAAGUACGGCUUACAGACACAGCUGGAUCAUACACUGGACCAGACAGAGGAACUGAGAUCCUGCAUUGCUGCUGUCCAACAGGACAAAAUAACAGUGCAGGAGAAGAUGGUGCUGCAGAAAGAGGCUUUUAUGGUGAAAAAAGACGAUCUGUGCAGAGAGGUGGAGCAGGCCGAGGAGAAAAUCCAGCAGCAGAAGCAUGCCAUCAGGAGGAGCAGGAAAGAGUUAGACAGACUCACUGACAAAAAACAAGACAGCUGUGACCGUCUGGGCGAGCUCAUGGUUGUCACAGCUAAGCUGGAGAGAAGUAUACAGAAACUAGCAGCAGCUCGGGGCCAGAGUGAGAAACAGCUGCAGGGAGAGAACCAAAAGCACCAAGAACUGAGGCAACAGAGAGAGACCCUGAAGAAGGAGUUGCGUGAGUUGGUGGAAGCCUUCAGCGCGUCCGUCCAGCAUCUCAAAGACGAGGUCGCCACAGUGGAAGGAAAAAUGGACGAGGGUCGAGCAUCGAGACUGCUCUGUCAGGACGCCCUGGCUCAGAUUUAUGAGAUCUUCAAACAUCAGCACAAAGAAGAGGAUGAGGUCAGGUCAGGGCAUUUCCAUGCGUCGCAGCAGCUGGAGUGCUCCAAGCUGCAGCUGGAGGAGCGCAUCGCCUCCAUUGUCAAACACAGCAAGGAGGUCAAAGAGAUGGAGAAGCAGAUCAGGGAGCUGCUGGAGGCAGACACCAUCACCCAGCGAGUGUUUCAGAGGAAUCAGGAGGAGCUGUGCGACAAUGUGGACACGGAGAGGAAGAACAUCAGUCAUUUUGAAGAGGAGGUGAGGCGGCUAACAAGGCUUCUGGAGGAGGACAAGAAGAAGCAGGAGGAGCACAUGAUGAAGAUGACCUCUGAUAUCAGCAACACCUGGAGGAGGUACCAGAAACUUCGACAAGAGGAGUUUGCUCUCCACAAGCGUCAGCCCAAGAGCACAAGUGCCGACCUGCUGAUGAGCCAUGUGAGCCAGUGCGAGGCGGAGUACAGACGGAAAGAAACCAAACAGCUGGAGGAAAUGCAGCAGUGCACCACUGAGACCGAGAGCAUCAUGAGGAGCUACAAGGAGAAGCAGAGGGAGGUGGAGGAGAAGGAGGAGAUGCUGAAGGAGGUAGAGGCAAAGUGGAAUGAAGAGCAGUUGAGGCACCAGAGACUGAAAACGCUGAGUCAUGAGCUGAGGAGCAGGAGGAACCACCUGGAGCGUUCCGUUCAGAGGCUGAAGGAGAAAACCGACUCUGUGCUGCAGCCCAGAGAGGAGAAGAAGGCUGAGCUGGAGGAGGUGAGGGGAAGUUACAUGGAUGUGCUCGGCAGACAGGCGUCCGAGCUGAGAGCUGUGGAGGUGAGCAUCUAUGACAGCAGCAUGAAAGUGGAGCAGGUGAGCGUGGAGAACAGCCGGCUGCGUCUCUGCAUCACACAGAUGACAGAGGACAUCAGCAGAGCCAGGGAAAACAAAAACAGGUACUGGCAGGAGUUCCAGCAGUUCAAACAGGACACAGAAGCUUUGCUGGAGAGCUUACAUGAAGCAUGGAGAGAGGACAUACUGGUGACCGAGGACUGUGGGAGCAGGGAUGGUGUUCUGCUGGUGCAGAUGAGCAACAUGCUGAACCACCUGAAGACCAGGAGACAGCAGCUAGUGAACAUCAGCUCACUGCUGCACCAGCAAAUGUUAAACUUCAGCAAACGACUGGGAGAUCAAGCAGCUGUAGAACAGCAGAGCUGA